AUGGCUUACAGCAUCGGGGUCCUGCUGGCCCUGGCAAGUGCCAUGGUCACGCAGGGCUGGGGUGAGUGCCAGUCCUCCUGCAGUGGCAUUGCAGACAGACCGGUGACACUGCAGGGGGACAAGUGGGUGACACACAGGGCUCCUGCUGACCUGCCCUCGGUGGCAGAAGGGUGCCAGGCUACAGUCACCCACCACCACCUGGUCCAGAAGCUGCUGCAGCGCAUGGAGGAAUCUGUCAAGUUUGAUGAGCCACCGAAUCCCAGCAUCCUGCUGGCCAUGAACCUGGCUGGAGCCACCCAUGGCCACAUCCACAGGCGGCUGCUCCGGGAGAUAAAGAAGAACGCAGUGGAGAGAGCCCAGACAGACAUGACCUCGGGACAGGUGGCUCUGCACGUCCUCGCCCUCCUCUCCUCCUGCCAGAACCCCUGGCGUGUCCAUGCCAUGGGGAAGACCAUUGACCUGAUCCGUGUCCUGCAGCAGAAAACAGAUGAGGAGAUGGCCAAACUGGAGGCUGAGGGCAUUCCCAAAACUACCCUGUACAGUGUGGGCCUGGACGCCCUGGCCCUGUGCCUGGCUGAUGCGGGUGGUGCUCAGGGGCCAUCGGUGGCCCUGGCCAAGCAGGUGCUGAGCCCUGAGAGCCACCUGUUCGUGGACACCCGGGCCAUGGUGGCACUGGCGCUGGCCUGCGUCUACAACUAUGUGGAGCUCCAGGACGUGCGGGAUCUGCUCCAGGAGGCACUUUGGACAGUGAGCAACAGCUUCCUGGAUGAGCAGGAGAAAGGGAAUGGCAUGAUUGGAAAUAUCUACAGCAUGGGGCUGGCCCUGCAGGUGCUGGAGGCCACAAGGAAGUUUUACGCCCCACGGAAGUGGGACUGUGCCCAGGCCUUCUCCGUGGUGUUUGCCCACGACUACCAGCAGCCCAUGGCCAUCGCCCAGGUGUUGCCAGCCCUGGUGGGCAAGUCCUACCUUGAUGUGAAUGGCCUGGACUGCGCUGCCACCCAAGAUAUGUCCACAAGCCAACAGUUGUCCCUGUCUCCAAUGCUGGGGACACACGGCAUUCCCAGAGCCCCCAUCCAGGUGACUUACUCCAUCACCAAUGAGCUCCAGGGAAAACCCUUCCACUACUCAACCACAGUGACAGUCCCAAGUGGCUCCACUCUUCUCAAGGUGAUGAAGGUGGCAGAAGAGGAGAACCCCCAAAUAUUUAGCUUCCAGACAGAACAGACAUCCUGGGGUCCCUAUGUGACCUCCAUCCAUGGGCUGGCUGGCAGCACGGAUAACAGGACCUACUGGCAGUUCCUCAGUGCUGGGGUCCCCCUCGAUGAAGGGGUCGGAACCUACAAACCACACGACGGGGAGCACAUCCAGGCUGUCUUCAGCACCUACUGA